GGGCUGGUACCCUGGUAACACAACUAUGUUCAAAACAUUCAUGGAGGUGCAUGAGAGUGAUUGUAAUCGACUAACAAUUGACGUUUUAAUGUAUGCCAACUAACACUAAAAGGCUGUCCGACUUGGUAAACAAACGGUGUGAUAUUACAUUUCCAAUGAUUGUUCUGUUUGGUGCAGAAAGGACAAAAAGGAUGAAUAUUAGAGGAUAUAUAACUUCCGCAUUAACAGUCCGUCAAAAAAUUAAUGAAACUUAACCUAUCCUACAAACGAAUGCAACAUGUCUGGUCAUACACUGUUCGUAGGGGAAGGGAAUUUUUCGUUUUCUUCAGCUCUGAGCAAACUUUCACCGGAGAACAAAAUAACAGCCACUUGCCUUCAGCGGCAGGAAGACGUCAAGCAUGAGGGAGCUGCUGCUAAUAUACAGAUGAUCAGGGAUUCGGGGGGGACUGUCCUUUUCGGGGUAGACUGUACGAGGCUGGAAGAAUGUGCAUCUCUUCAGGGUGCUGUGUUCAACCGUGUGAUUUUCAAUUUCCCUCAUUGUGGUCGCAAAAGUGGCGUCAAGAAGAACCGGGAACUUCUUAAAAACUUCUUCCUCAGUUGUGUCAAGGUGCUGGAUGAACAUGGAGACAUCCAUGUCGCCCUAUGCAACGGGCAGGGUGGGACUCCAGCUGAUCAGCCAAUGAGAGAGUGGCAAAAUAGCUGGCAGGUCGUCUCUAUGGCGGCAGACGCAGAUCUCGUCCUAAGCAGUGUCCAACCGUUUAAGAGUGAGGAGGUCGACAGCUACAAGUGUACUGGAUACAGGAGCCAGGAUAAAGGCUUCCAUGUGGAGAAUGCCUUGGUCCAUGUGUUCACUCGUAGCCACCCGUACACCACCCCGGUGAGGGUGACCAUGAAGGAGAUAGUGGGGGACCAGAGAGUCCAGUACUAUGUACCUAUAGAACUCAGUGACUUUAUGACAAGGGAUUUCCUCUGCAGUGACUCUGUCCAUCCCAUCAAAUUGGUCCAGGACUAUGUUGUGAAUGGAUUAGAGGAGAGAUGUUGCAUCACCAUGGCAACCAAGCCACCUCCAUUCCUCCUCAACUCUGAACAGCGGCAGACAGCAUCCUUAGAUGGAGACGACGUCACUGAGAGUCACUGCUACGAGAUACAGCUGCUUCGCCAAGAACCUCUCACACAGAGAGUCAAUGAGACUGAGCUAAGGUGUCAGUUGGCCUACUUGGACCUCAAGGAGAAACACACGGACCCAAUUGAGUCAUGUGUGAAGAGCGGUUCCACAACGGACACGGCCGUCCCAAACAAGAGCAAAAAUGGAAGGAGCAUGGAGAGACUACAUGUAAACCCAACAGGUGAAUACAGACCAGACAAAGCCACCCCAGAUGUACACAAACCAAAUGAAGACACAUCAGGUGUAGAAAGACCAGAUGUAGACACAGAAAAGGGGAGUGUUGGUGUUUUUUUCGUGCUUCGCCCAUCACUCCUCCCUCAGAUGGAGGAGAUGACGGUGAGACGAGGGGAAGCAAAAGAACGAGGAGACCUGCAGACUGGUAAAGUUGUUCCAGUUGAGGAGCAGAUUGACGGAAGCCACUGCCGCGAGAAUACUGGUGCUUCCAUUGGUCGCAUGUUGGGCAUCAGUGGGCUUGUUUUCCGAGAUGUACCCAUCAGCCCUUGGGCCCCGCCCGUCUUUCACCAGCUCCUGCUCAGGGGGCUGUUCCCAGCAGCUUGUCAGCCUAUCACGUCGCUCGGGCAAACACUGGAGCGUCUGCUCUCUCCCCAUGGGGUUUCCGUUGUUAAGGAAGCCGGGUGUUUGUACCUGACCGCGCAGCCUAUGGGAGCAGUGGGUAGAGUGUUUGCGAGUGUUGGCAAACACGCGGAGGGGUGGGUCCAGGUCACCGUGUCCCUCAAUCUGGACCUCAUCGCCUCGUGCCUCUUCUCACUCCCUGAUUGGCGGCUUCUCUGGACACGUGACCCGUGCUUUUCAAAGUGUUUUGACCCCUGCCUCCCCCUCCACCCACCUCUGGGAGAGCCGCAGCCGUCGAUGCCGUUGUUCCGCCAACCGUCCUUGUUCUCCCGCCGCCUCAGCUUUGACGUCAGCUUCUGGAACGGGCCGUCGGCGUGGGACGACAGGAAGUUUCACGCACUGGCGAGGGAAGCCUGCCUGGGCGCGGUGGAGAAGGUGGAGCUCGUUGAUUUCUUCUCCCGACAGGAACAACAGGCACUGCGGACCAGCUACUGCUACAGAGUCACUUACCACUCGCAUUCCCAUGCACUGUCGCACACGAAGGCCCUUGAACUGCACCGACGAUUGGAGUCACUGCUCUGUUCUCAUCUCCAUGUCACCAUCAGAUAAUUUACUUUAUAAACUUUAAAAAAUGGGUUUUAAACAA